AUGGAGGCCUCUUCACUUCCUUUCUUAGACAACAGAGAUCCUCGUUUGAAACUCAAGGUGGAAAACAGAAUACGAAACGUGUUUGUAACACAGACGGACGACACCAGACAUGUGGAAGAGAAAGAUGUCAACCCCAUUCCUGUUGUUACACAGGUUCCCGGCCGAGUCCUUGAGGCAGGAGUGAACACUUUACAAAAGACGGUGGUGCUGAAGAAACAGGCAGAGUUGGACGAGGUGAACGAGCUGCUUGCACUCAAACGGCAAGAGUUUAGGAAGAGUGUGGAGGCUUUAGCACAGAGGAAGUCUGAACUGGACAUAAAACUCCAGGAGACUAAAGAAAGGGCAAUGAAGUUUGAGAGGUUUGUGGCUGAAAAUGAAGUGAAGCGAUGCAGAUCGCUGAAGAAGUAUGAAGCUGCACGGGAGCAGAACAUUUUGAAGCAGACGGAAAUAGAAGAUCUAAUGAAGCAGCUGAAACAACUUCGCACCAGACAGCAAGUUUUAAAAGAGAGAACGACAAAAUACAAAAUCUAUGAGGACUACUUGAUGAAAACACUAGAAUAUCUUCCCAGCACUUACGUCGAUAAUGGGUCUGAAUCUUUGGUUAUGCCCAUUAUUCGACGUCACGAGACCCUGUCCGUCACCAACCAGCAGCUGAUGCACCAUCUGGGCCGGCUGGAGGAGGAAGUAGAGGAGGGCCAGCGACGACUGCACGCCAUGGAGCAGGAGCACGGCAUAAAGAAACUGAUGGCCAACAAAGAACUGUCUGAACUCCAGGGUGAGUUUGAAAUGCUUAAAGAGAAGAACGAGCAGGCAGAGGUGAACCUCCUGUUGGUGCAAGGCCUGUCCAAAGAGAAGGUUGAGGAAGUGGGAAGCUUACUUAUGGCCAUCCACAACCUUGCAGAACAAUGUUACCUACCAACAUAUGGACCUCUGGAGAACAUGAAUGACCUGACAAAGAUGGAAAUGGUGAAGGAGUACAUUCUGGACAAGGCGGACACGGAGAGGAGAGCGAGGAGACUGAUGGAGUCUGGGUCUGCGAUGACGAGCAGGGCGGCUUUGACAGACAAAAGAGAGAGGGCUUCAAUGAAAAGCAUCGGCAGUAGAACACAAAUCAAAAGUUCAAGUAAAGUCAGUAGAAAGAGCCAGAAUGUUGAUGCAGAAUCUUGA